GGGACGCUAGUGACCUCGAUCAGUCGCAAGAAACGUUCGGGCAGCAGAUUUUUGAAAAGACACUUCCUCUCUCAGGGUCAAAGAAAAUAUUUCAAGAUGGCGGAUCUACAUAUCCAGUUUAGCAUUGCUAUGGUGAUAGCAGGGAUACUAGCGGAAGUUGUGAGCAUACUAUGGUACAACGACCGGUCGCCAUGGGGACACAGAACCGGCGACAGAUACCUACUCACCGCCCUCGUCUGUGACGCUCUUCUAGUUGUCCUCUUGAAAUUCGUCACAGACCAAUUUUACCCAGUCGGACGAUGGGAGGACGGCGUUGUGUUGAGCUUGUUCUUUGCCUUGAUGUAUGCUGCCCUGGAGGCGCCUCAUUGUGUCCAUAACCACCGUAGUUUCACCUGGUUCUUCUUCAACACCAUACACAAAUUCCUUGUGUGCUUCGUCAUCGUUUUCGCGCUAUUCUACUUCCGUUACCUUGGAUAAGGUGCCCGGAUGACUUUAACCUCUGUGAUGAUUGUUGAAAUCACAUAUUACUUUUAUUAGUAGUCACCCUAGUGUAUACGUAUACUUACUUUGCAUGAUUUGUAUUGUAAUGUUGUUGUUCAUUUUCAUAUCUUCUUUUUUUUUUAUCUUUCACAACAUUCACUUUAAUGUGCCAUUUACAAGUCCAAUCUACAUCAAUACGUCUUUAUAAUGUAUUUAAUUACUUACAUUGUAUGUCGCUGUAAUUUUCAUUUUUUUUUUUUUUUAAAUUGCGUUAUCAGAAUAAGAACAAAUAUUAACAUCAAAUUUUCGUAAUCAAAGAUACAUCUAUAUACAUUUUAAUUGUAGCCAAUUUUAUUGUCACGUUCUAUUUCAUAUAUAAACGAGAUUAUAUAUUCUUCUAUGUUAUAAUUAUACAAUAUAGUGUUUAUAAUCUUUGUGUAAAUUUACAAUAUAUUCUUUAUAAUCUUUAUGUAAACUGACAUUUAUUACUCAACGUCCUUCUCAGGAUUUUUCCAUAGUUUAACGUUUAAAUAAAAAAAAUAA